CCUUCUCACCGCUAGAGGCCGCCAAAACCCGCUGUAAGCCCAUUUGGUCACGUGAUUUUCCGGAAGUGUAACUCCCACUUUAGUUUUUAUCAUGUUUCGUUUUCGAAGUUAAGCACUGUCCUAAACUGUGCUGAAGGAUUUGAGGAGAGACAACGGCCGGCCAUGGAGGAAGACGUGAUCCCGGAGGAGAGCCUCACUACUGCCUUGAAGCAGCUCGUCAGUCUGGGCAAUGUUUUGCUACAGCAGGCCAAGAAAGACGCGGAGGUCUCCAUGGAGGACUUUGUCCCUUACAAGAUUGCCACUUUGUUGGGCCUGAUUGCGGCCGGAGCAGAGUUCUAUAGGAGUAUCGGAGUGAAGAAGAAAAGCGAAGCCGAGGCUGCCUGGCAGAAGUUGUAUGGCCGUGCACCAGUGAGAGAGCAGGUGGAGGAGCUCCUCCAGCUCCAGAGCGAAUGGGACUCCUUCCUGGAGUACGUGGAUCAAAGUCUUCAAUCAUCUUGUGCUCCUGUAAAACCAGGAGGAGAAACAGUGGAUAUCUUUAGCCCCGAAACUUUGUUGACUGAUGGACGCAGUGGAAAGAGCGUCACCUUGGAUCACUACCGGUCUCCGGGUCAGAAGCUUCUGCUGGUCCUCAUCAGACACUAUGGAUGACUGCCGUGACGCGACCACGUGGCCGAGCUGGAGGGCAGCAGGGCUGCCCUGGAGGCUCGGUCUGUGAAGGUCGUGGUGGUGGCUUUCGGGGCCCCGAAGGGGGCUCGUUUGUGGCUGCAGCAGACUGGAUGCUCCUUGGACUUAGUACUCGAUCCACACAGAAAGAUCUACCGGAGCUUUGGACUGAUCUCAUCCUGCGCUAAGGUCAUGAACUUUGACUCCAUGCUUCGGUAUUCCGAGUACCAAGCUGCUGACAGAAGCUUCCCAGAAUUCCCCAUGCACAUGCUGGAGGACAUCUACCAGAUGGGAGGUGACUUUUUGCUCAGCGGUACCAACAAAGUCCUUUUGUCCCACCCAAGCAAGUACCCGAUGGACCGACCCACCCUCGGCGACAUCCUACGGACAGCGUCUGGCUCGACCGAGCUCGUCGCAAAGGAAGCAAGCGGUAGUGGCACGCCGAUGCACGCCGAUGACGUCACGCCUCGCUCUCACAAUACCGUGAAGAGGUGUGACCGAUGCCAAGCUGUGCUGACCGGCCUCCCGCUGCUUCCUCUCAGAUCCUUGCUGUAGCUUAAACAUGAACUUUUUGAGCAUUCAUUCCAUAUCCUUAAUAUCAAGCGCAUGGAAUGCUCUGACGAGGCCUGGGACCAAAUCACUGGUUCCGAUAAGACCUCUGAUGAUCAGCGGAUACCCGAUGACAUUUAAUUGGUUUUAACAAUGACACAAAAUUGUACUUUUUUUUCCUGAUUUUCCUUUAUUGCAGUGCUUCUCAAUUAUUUUCUGUUACUAGGGGGGCGCCCCACUAUUUGAGAAGCACUGGCCUAGGUGACUGAUUCACAAUUUGGUUUUGUCUGAUAUCAGAGAUUAAAUAAAGAAAACCAACUGGCUGA